UCCCAAGGAUAAUCAUUGACUUUCUACUAACAAAUAGAUGUUCCUCUGUCCUCUGUCUUAAUUGUUUUGUUGUGUUGUUAUCUAGUGAAAAUGUCACCCUAGAGAUGACUCUGCCUCUGAUUCCUCUGAAUUGCUUGAAGAUAGAACCAGAAGAACUGGGCUUUUGAUGUAGUAGGGGGAAGUUAGGUUGCAGCCAAGAAAGAACUGUCUUUGGAGGUCUUUAAGAACAGCCCAGGUGCAACCCAGGACCCAGAGCCUUCUGUCCCCAGAGGUACUCAAAGGCAGGUCCUCAAUGACAGAACAUGGCUCAAGCACUCACCAAGUGCAGGAUUCUGUACCAGAUGCUAGAGAUGUAAAACAACUGCCCUCAAGAGCUUUUGUCAAACAAGUAACCUCCAGAGCAAUGUGCAGAUGCUGAAAAGUGGUGGAUUUGUCUCCAGACUCGCAUACUUUAUAAGAUGCUCCCCUCCUUUUCAUCUUCCUUGGGGAGCAGGGAGCCCUGCCUGAAGAACAAGGCCCACAUGUAAAUCUAUGGUGGAAAGAUCACAGAUAGGAGGACAAGAGAAGAGCUGCCAGUGGGCAUACCCGAAACACCCUUUCUCAAAAGGCUCCAGCCCAGAACUAACUUCUGCUGCCCUCUAAUGGGGGAGAGGCCUGCUGGAGCCCCACCAACCUGGCUCCCCUAAAGAUAUGGGGGGUGUGCCCCCUGCCUUUUUAAUUCUCCUGAGGUCUCAUGCUGCUGUUCCUGCAGGCUCUAAAACUCAACUUUCUCUUUUUUGAAGGAUCCCUGACUAUCUAAUUUCCUGACCUCCAUAUUUCAUCUCAUGGUCUCCUCAGUUUCCUUUGUUGCUUGGGUUCUGAUUCUGGUACCCUGGUUCCUGGCCCUGCCAAAGUUCUGGUUCCGGAAGGCUCCUCUCAGGUACCUUGGGCCUACCUCCCACCUGGGCACAAGGCAAAGCUGAAGACAUGGGCAAGAGCAUCCCCCAAUACCUGAAGGAACUGGACAUCCGCAAAAGUGUAGUGAGCCUGGCUACGGGCGCUGGGGCCAUCUACCUGCUCUACAAGGCCAUCAAGGCCGGCAUAAAAUGCCAACCACCCCUCUGUAGCAACUCACCCAUCUGUAUCGCCCGUGAGUGUCCAGUCCCUGGGGAGAGGGCUCUGCCCCAGGAGGCACCUGCUCCCGAGGCCUCUGAUGUGGGCGGGCCCAAAGGCCUGGCAAUCGAGCGAGAGCGGCACGGGCGGGACUCAGGUGAGCUCCGGAGGCUCCUCAACUCUUUGGAGUGCAAACAGGAUGAGUACGCCAAGAGCAUGAUCCUGCACAGCAUCACUCGCUGUGUGUACUUGCUGGAGGCUGAGGCCUCUGCUUGUACUACCGAUGACAUCAGUUUAAUAGGCUACAUGCUGGAUGACAAGGACAACAGUGUCAAAAUCCAAGCUCUGAAUACACUUAAAGCUUUUUCUGGCAUCAGAAAAUUCAGGCUCAAAAUCCAGGAACUCUCCAUCAAGGUAUUGGAACUGAUCUCCACCAUCUGGGACACAGAGCUGCACAUUGCGGGCCUCAGACUCCUCAACAACCUUCCACUGCCUGACUAUGUGCAUCCACAGCUGCGACGGGUGAUGCCUGCCUUGAUGGAGAUUCUGCAGUCAGACUACAUCUUGGCACAGGUGCAAGCUGCACGACUGCUGAGCUACCUGGCACAGAAGAAUGACCUUCUCUAUGAUAUUCUCAACUGCAAGGUGCACUCCAACUUCCUGAAUCUGUUCCAGUCCACACACCCAGGGAGUCUCCUGUAUGAAAUACUGGUAUUUGCUGAGAGGCUGAGUGAAGGCCAGAACGUAGCCCACUACCGUGCUGUGAACUGGCAUUACAAUGAACAGUCACUGCAUGAAGCCCUCUUUGGGGAAGGGUCACGACUGGCAGACCGUCUGCUUGCCCUGGUCAUCCACCCUGAGGAGGAAGUUCAGAUCCAGGCCUGCAAGGUCAUAGUCAGCCUGCAGUGCCCCCAGGACUUGGUAGCCCGGUCCUCUUGCCAGCCCAGUUCUUCCUACUUUAAAAACGGGGAAUAAAAUUAAGGAGAGCCAAUAAAUGAGUAUGGGAGAGAAGCUUGAA